UUUGGUUUAUUUAUUAGAUUUUUGUAUUAUUUAUUAGAAUUUUUAAAAAUACUUUUUCUUUACCUUUUACAAUAACUACUACGCUGAGGAUAGCCCAUAUAAAUUCCUAAUAGGCUAACCCGAGUGACUUAACCUAAGAAAAAUGAUUGCUCGCGUAACCUUUCUUUCAUUACUUACCUUCCUUUUAAGAACCAUCACGAUUUAACAUCAAAAAGGACAUUGAGGAGAAGGGUUCGAAGACGACAAAAUAUUCAAGAGAGAAUUGCAGCUAAGCGGAACUUAGAGGCAUCUAUAGAUAGUGAGGGAACAUUAGAAAAGGAGCAGAAAGUGGUCGAAGAACCACCAGUAAAAAUAAAUAAAGAAGAUACAGAAGAAGUGGAAAAUACAUUAAGGUUCUUGGCCGAUAAUUUAGACGUUUUCACGAACAAUAUAAUUGUAAAGUAAGGUACAUUUAAAUGAUAAAUAUAUACUUAAAAACAUUAGUAACAUAAUUCCGAAUCACCACCUAUUGUAAUACCAAUGAUUUCUUACCCCUAUAACCCUUAUCCCAACCGGAACACGUGACUUUAUCCAGAAUCUACGUGUAACCCAAACCCUAAUUAUCAAUAAUUAUCACAACAAUUAUCAUAAAUAUAUUAAACAUCUAAAUCCCCCUUAGAACAACUGCUCUAAAUAUACCCACUAAGACAUUGAAUUACAGAGACAGCCAAUUUCAAUACUUGUCUCUAAAAUAAAACCGAUGACAAUAACAAAAAAUAAUUCCCGCGGAAAAUGAUAGAAAAACUCACCUUGAGAAUUACCUAACUCUUUUCGCGGAGACUAAAGAAGCUCUGACACGUAAAUAGAACAAUAGACCAUUGAAAACUUACAACGAUAGAACAAUGGAAUUUCUAAAAACAGAAGUUUUACAUUUUUAUGUGCACACGUUUCGUUCGUAUCAGAUAUCUGCUAACAAGCGAAGAAAAAGCAACUUUGGCGUUCAGAAAUAUAUUUUUUCACGUUUAUUUAAUAAAAAAAUCUACAUUAACGACAACACGAACAAUGGCAUCGAAUAAUUACAUAAAUAUAUACCCUACUACAACACCCAGCAACACGAGUCCAAACACACCGGAAGACAUAUUCCUUACACAAGACGUGUUCCGAAAUCAAGAAGUUCUCGCGACCGUAGAUAAAUUAGAAUUAGAAAUACUAAGGCACAGUACCACCCUGGAACCCGAAGACAAAAAAGAAGGAGACACAACACAAAAAGACGAAGAACUAAGUGACAGCCAAAUGCUAGAAACGACUCUUACGGCCUGAUGGUUCCAUAUCAGUGGUGGAACUUUAAUAGCUUCCACUGCGAAACAAUAGCAGAUU